UCGACGUGACAUGGAUUGAAGAUCACCGACGCGAUGAAACGAAGGCGACAACAACACAACCACGACAGGACGGUGAGGUUGGUUGACAGCCUCAGGGCCACCAUCCACCAUCCCGCCGUCAGUCCAUCCUUGCGGACGAGGAAUGUGCAAGCGAGAAGCUGCGUGGGGGCGGAAAUGCGUGGAACAAUCAGUCCUAGGCAGUUUAGACAUUCGGGUAAAAAGUUAGCUCCCUUGGACGAAUGACUUCAUGCACGCCGUUUCCCCGUGCAUCAAAUAGCGCACCGCCUCGCUCGCGAUCGUCCGUUUCCUUGCUCGCUCAGUACGUGGGCACCGGUGUAGGACUAGCGGCCACCUCGCCGUCGCCCAUCACCGCGACUCCACUUCCCUCUCCUUCUUGCAUCUCGCAUUGCUGCCUUAUUCACUCCUUCACCGCACCUCACCGCACCGCACCGCACCUCACCUCGCCGCACCGCGCUUGGCCUCCUUCGUCUCCCACCCUCAUCAACUACGCUCGGGAGCGGCCUGUGUUGGACGCUAUUCCAAUGCCUUCCUCCACCUCCCCUCAGCCCCGCCUCCCCCUCUCCCUCCUUCUUCCCCUCCUCCUCUCCUCCGCCGCCCUCACAUCCGCCCAGGCCGCCUGUUACUGGGCUGCCGGUCCGCAAUAUCGAUUGCCGGAGUCGGCCGGCGUGGUCCCAUGCGACGAGAAUGGCUACUCGGCCUGUUGUAAACUAGGCGACAUUUGUCUCGCCGGCAACGCGUGCUACAACUUCGAAACAGAUGACACCUACCAGUACGGAUGCUCCGACCCAUCCUACAAAGACCCUUCCUGCCCUUUCAAAUGCGACUGGAAUCCUGAUGCAUCUCCUUGGGUCGCCCUAGAGUACUGCCCGAGCUUCAACGGCAUCAACGACACAUGGACCUGUCAGUCGCCAGAAAGCUGCGGCUGCGAGUGGCGCUCGACGUACAGUCUGCUCCAGGUUCCGAUAAGAGACUGCCAGGCGAUGGGUAGCAAUGCAAGAGUCGCAAUUUACGCUACAAACACCUUGCCCGCCUACCUCAUCUUGCCGCAGACCUAUGGAGGCAGCACGCAGUAUUUCUCCAAAGGCCAGACAGGCAAUACCCCAAUUGGCGGAUGUACGAUACUACCCUUUGCCACUCAUUCGGGUCUCUCCCCAUCUGACCUCUCUUCUGUUUAGACACCCCGACCUCCAUCGGCCCAUUCACCUCGCUGUCCAUGGCCACGGAGGUGGUCAUCUACGACAAGACCGCCGUUCCCGCUGCUAGCUACGGCUCAGCGCUUCUCACCGAUGGCUCCCUACCGCCCAUCCCCACCACUCCCACUGUCG